AUGUUCGGCUACCGCGCCUACCCAACUCCCAUCAUUCGCCCUCUGUGGCCUUUCCUGACGGCUGGCGUCAUCGUCUACGCUGGCAUCAACUACCUCCAGGAUGCUGCAGUCUCCACUCCCGAGGCCAAGAAGGACCCCAAGAACCCUUACGCUCUCAAGGGAGGUAAUGGCCACUAA